GAUGCACCAUCUCUGCCCAGCCUCCUCUCCAGCGCCUCCGCGCAGAAUCCCUGCAUCCGAGCGCGAGCAUCAGUGCGCAGAGACAGAGACGACGGAGACAGACAGGGAAAAGACAGGGACAGAGACGGGACGCCAUCGGGAUCCUGAAGCGGCCCCCUCUCCCGGACCAGCGGCUCGUUCUCGGUCUCUUCUCUCUCUAUGGGUGUGAGUGGGAGCGGCCGGUAGUCAGGCGGUGUCUCCUCCAUCUCUGCGCUCUUCAUCCCGCUCCGUCAGGACAACAAAAUGGCGGACAUCAUCGAGCUUGGACCGGCCUACGCCAUGUCUCCGGUCCUGGCGGGCUUCCUGGGAGCUGGUGUUCUGGUUCUGGUGGUGGUGGUUCUGGUUCUGCUCUGGUCCUUCUGUCAACGCCGUUACGUCCGCGUCUCUGGACGCUACAAGCUGCACGGCGACCGUUACUGCGACGCCGAAGACCCCCCUUACAAGUUCAUCCACAUGUUGAAGGGCAUCAGCAUUUACCCAGAAUCCCUCAGCAGCAGCAAGAGGAUCGUGCGAGGCUUCCGGCACGCGGACCGGUCCAACCGCGACGGAGAGCACGGCUUCCCAGCUGCCGGCGCCGGGAGGGGCCUGGUGCUGGUGGACGCCGAGAACAACAUCCUGGACGUCCCGGGUCAGCUCCAAAUGAGUCAUCUGGUCCCGCCCGCCGGGCCGGGCCCCGCCCACGGCUCGGGGCGGAUGGAGCGGGCCCUGCCGGUCCGCGCCGACUACUGCGGCCUGGACAGCAGCUCGGCCGGAAGUAGCCAGACCAGCAGCAAGACGGCGUCCCCCUUCACCCCCGCCCCCUCAGAGCCGGAGCCCGACCCGAGUCUGGGCACCGUCAGCCUCACCGUCGACUACAACUUCCCCAAGAAGGCCCUGGUGGUGACCAUCGUCGGGGCCCGGGGCCUCCCCGCCAUGGAUGAGCAGGCGGGCAGCUCGGACCCCUACGUGAAGAUGACCAUCCUGCCGGAGAAGAAGCACCGCGUCAAGACCCGCGUGCUGAGGAAGACCCUGGACCCGCUGUUCGACGAGACCUUCACCUUCUACGGCGUGGCCUACAGCUCGCUGCCCGAGCUCACCCUGCACUUCCUGGUCCUCAGCUUCGACCGCUUCGCGCGCGACGACGUCAUCGGGGAGGCCGUGGUGCCGCUGAAGGGCGUGGACCCGAGCACGGGCCGAGUCCACCUGAGCCAGCAGAUCAGCAAGAGGAACAUGCAGUGUGAGACUCGUGGCGAGCUGCUGGCGUCUCUGUCCUACCAGCCGGUGUCUCAUCGCCUCAGCGUGGUCGUCCUGAAGGCCCGACACCUCCCCAAGAUGGACAUCACCGGCCUGUCAGCAAACCCGUAUGUGAAGGUGAACGUCUUCUACGGACGCAAGCGCAUCGCCAAGAAGAAGACGCACGUGAAGAAGUGCACGCUGAACCCCGUCUUCAACGAGUCCUUCAUCUACGACAUCCCGCCGGAGCUGCUGCCCGAGAUCUCCGUGGAGUUCCUGGUGGUGGACUUCGACCGGACCACCAAGAACGAGGUGCUGGGCCGCCUGCUGCUGGGCCUGCAUGGCCCCGCCCCCUCCGGCGCCUCCCACUGGAGGGAGGUCUGCGAAAACCCCCGCCGGCAGAUCUCCAAAUGGCACAACCUGAGCGAGUACUGAGGGAGGAGCUAAAGACUCACACACACACACACACACACACACACACACACACCCCCGUUCACACCUGGUGCUCACAUGCGUCUUCGGUGAUCUGAUCUCUCGUCAGCUCUUAUGGCAGCAAAGAGACAAAGAAGUUGUGUCUGGCCCCUCUUAUCAGCCUUGGCCCAAGGGAAUUACCCAUAAUUCAUAGCUUGGACAAACAAAGAGACGUGUGUUCAGCCUGGAGAGACAUUAGGGAUUAAUAAAUACAAAACAAUGUAGAAACACUGAUUUAUUCAGCCAACAUCUUUUAUGUUUAUUUGACAAAUGAAAGAGCCCAAAAGAUGUUUAAAAAAAGGUGUGAUUGUACGUCACCGAGGUAACGCACACUCCUGCUCACCAGUCUUAUACAUCUGUAGCAGAUCAGACGUCACGUGGUCAGAACCCCAAAGACUCGAGGGAAUGCCGGGUGUGAACGCCCCCCUUUCUGCCUAUUGCAUCAUAACAUUCUCAAGCCUCAUAAACAACCCUCCACCUCCUUUAAAGAGAAGCAGAAGGAGCUGUUUUUUAAAAGAGGAACCAUGAGUCCAUCUGUCAGACUGUCCUAAAGUGUGUCGACGGGGGGGAAGGAAUGCUCAGAUUAAAAAACAGAAAAAAGAAGAUUCCCCCUCUUGAUGUUGUUGUCAUGCAGUUCAUCGCAUGUCUGUCCGAAGAGUAAACAAAAAAAAGUCCAAAUGAAGAACUGCUGACAUCCCGCUGACUGAUUGACAGGACCAUAAUGCAACAUUUAAAUUACUCACUAACACUGUGUAUAACUAAUAUAUCCAAGUAUAAGUACUCCUCACUAGGACCAGUUAAGCAACAUGUUCGGGGGGGGCGGCAGCAUGAUCCCCGGUUCUCUCUCCUCAGUCCUGAUCCUGGAGGAUCCCUCAUCUUCAUGUGGAUUUACAAACGGUUCACAUCUCCAGACUGAAGACCACUGAAGAGAUGCUGAUAGAGCGGCUUGGAGCAGACCGAGAGACCUUGUAAAAUACUUCAUUUACUCAACAGUCUCUAAAUAGUCUCAGCAGGAAGCAGCUGUGGCGGCUGAUUGAGACUCCUUAUGAUCCGGACUCCUUAUGAUCCGGACUCCUUAUGAUCCGGACUCCUUAUGAUCCGGACCCCUUAUGAUCCGGACUCCUUAAGAUCCGGACUCCUUAAGAUCCGGACCCCUUAUGAUCCGGACUCCUUAAGAUCCGGACUCGUUAUGAUGUGGACUUGUUAUGAUAUGGACUCGUUAUGAUCUGGACUCGUUAUGAUCUGGGCUCGUUAUGACCUGGACUUGUUAUGACCUGGACUGGUUAUGAUUGACUCGUUAUGACCUGGAAUCGUUAUGACCUGGACUGGUUAUGACUUGGAAUCGUUAUAACUUGGACUCGUUAUAACUUGGAAUCUUUAGAACUUGGACUCGUUAUAACUUGGAAUCGUCAUGACUUGGACUCGUUAUGACUUGGAAUCAUUGUAACUUGGACUCGUUAUAACUUGGAAUCGUCAUGACUUGGACUCGUUAAGACUUGGAAUCAUUAUGUCUUGGAAUCGUUAUAACUUGGAAUCGUUAUGACUUGGAAUCGUUAAGACUUGGACUCGUUAUGACCUGUAGGUGAGAAUAACAUAAUAUUGUUUUUUUAACAGAUUUAAUAUCCUUAUAAAGAAAUGAAACAGCUUCCCCUUCAAGUCAAAAGACCUCAUCCGGACAUCCUCCUGCUUUACGAUCCUAAAUAAAAUCGUACUUUUAGCCAAAAUAUAGCAAAGAUUGGUAUUGUGGGCGUCGGCCGCCACAGCUCCGCCUCCACUUCCUGUCUCCGUCCCGCCUCGUUCAUCCUCUGACUGGCUGCGUAGGACCUCUAGAGAUGUUCUCACUUUGCUCGGUGUGUUUUUAUAAAGACCUGUAGAUGUUCGUCAGGAGCUUUUUAAUAUCUCCGUCACGUUGGAGUCGCUCCUCCUCGAGUUCGCUCGUCAGCAGACAGGAAGUGACCCGGAGACGGCUUUUCUUCUGAAGGGACAUUGACGCUGUAGAUUUGUACAGAGGUGAAGAUGUUUCCUGUUUGGUGUGUUUGAGCUGUGAAACCUGGAGGAAUGUUAAUAAAAACUACAACGAGUCAAAGCUU